GAAUAAUAACCAAAACCACCAUCUCCCUCCCAUUUCUCCUCUUCUCCUUCUCUCUUCUGUCUGCGCGUGGGAGCUCCGAUAAAUUCGCUCCCCGAUUCGAAAUGAACAUCACUAUUCGGAUUGCUAGUGCUUUGCGAUAGUCACAGAUCUUUCAAAUCCUAAUACUGUGGUUUUAGAAACUGUCAUUUUUAUGAAACCUCCUUGGCUGAUUGCAUUUUUUGUUGGGGCUUGAAAUACCUUAUGUCCUGCUGGAUUGACUUUACCCAUUUUUUAUGCCAUUUAAUGCAGUUGAGAUCAUUUAGGCCCUAAAUAUCAACACUGAAAGUGAACGAUGGAUAUUGCGGAGGUUGAAGAAAAUAUGUUCGCAGCAAGUGAUGCAAAGUUACAUGGAGAAUUGUGCAAGGCUCUUUCAGCAACAUAUUGCAAAGUAUUGUCAAUAUUUCCAUCUUUGGAAGCAGCUAGGCCCAGGAGCAAAUCUGGGAUCCAGGCACUAUGUUCAUUGCAUGUGGCGUUAGAGAAGGCCAAGAAUGUUCUUCAACAUUGUUCCGAGUGUAGUAAGCUUUAUUUGGCUAUAACUGGGGAUUCUGUUGUUCUAAAAUUUGAGAGAGCUAAAUGUGCUCUUGAAAAUAGUCUUAAAAGGGUGGAAGAUAUCGUCCCACAAUCUAUUGGAUGUCAGAUUCAAGAGAUUGUGAGUGAACUUGAAAGUAUGGAAUUGGCACUUGACCCAAUGGAGAAGCAAAUUGGUGAUAAUUUAAUUGCUUUGCUCCAGCAGGGGAGAAAGUUUAACGACUCUACUGAUAGUAGUGAGCUUGAAUGUUUUCACCAGGCUGCUACUAGACUAGGAAUCACAUCUUCUAGAGCAGCUCUUACUGAAAGAAGAGCUCUCAAGAAACAUAUUGAAAGAGCUCGGGCUGAAGAUGACAAGCGAAAGGAAUCAAUUGUCGCAUAUCUUUUACACCUCAUGAGGAAAUACUCUAAGUUAUUUAGAAGUGAGUUUUCUGACGAUAAUGAUUCUCAGGGUUCUACUCCUUGUUCUCCCACUGUUAUGGGCUCCACGGAAGAAUGUGUUGCUGGUGGUCAUUCCCAAGCCUUUGACCGACAGCUCUCAAAACUUAGUUCUUUUAAUUUUAAGCCAAAUAAUAGAAAAUCAGGGCAAAUGCCCCUUCCACCAGAGGAGUUAAGGUGUCCGAUAUCUCUGCAACUCAUGUAUGAUCCUGUUAUAAUUGCUUCUGGGCAAACUUAUGAGAGGGUUUGCAUAGAGAAAUGGUUGUGCGAUGGGCACAACACCUGCCCAAAGACUCAACAGAAACUUGCACAUGUAUCAUUGACCCCUAAUUACUGUGUUAAGGGUCUUGUUUCUAGUUGGUGUGAACAAAAUGGAGUUCCUAUUCCUGAUGGCCCUCCAGAAUCUCUAGAUUUUAACUACUGGAGAUUAGCAUUAUCUGAGUCUGAAUCAACAAAUUCGAGAUCUGUGAACAGUGUCAACUCUUGCAAAUUGAAGGGUGUCAAAGUGGUUCCUUUAGAAGAGACGGGGGUCUCACAGGAAGCUGGAGAAAAUGGAACUGAAAUUUUGUCUGCACAAGAGGAAGAUACUGAGCAGUAUCUUGGUUUUCUGAAAGUCUUGACUGAAGGGAACAGUUGGAAAAGGAAAUGUAAGGUGGUUGAAAGGUUAAGGCUUUUGCUGAGGGAUGAUGAAGAAGCCAGGAUUUUUAUGGGGGCAAAUGGGUUUGUUGAAGCACUUCUGCAGUUUCUGCAAUCAGCAGUGUCUGAAGGGAAUGUGACAGCUCAAGAAAGUGGAGCAAUGGCCCUCUUUAACCUUGCUGUAAAUAACAACAGGAAUAAGCAGAUCAUGUUAGCGGCAGGACUAUUAUCAUUGCUAGAGGAAAUGAUCUCUAAUUCCUCCUCCUGUGGCUGUGCAACGGCCCUCUAUCUGAAUCUCUCUUGCCUUGAAGAAGCCAAGCGUAUGAUUGGCAUGAGUCAAGCUGUUCAGUUCCUCAUCCAGCUUCUGUGUCAGCCUGACAUUGAAGUCCUGUGCAAGCAAGAUUCCCUUCAUGCAUUGUAUAAUCUAUCUACUGUACCCUCCAAUAUUCCAAACCUCCUUUCAUCAGGCAUCAUCAAUGGCCUUCAAUCCCUCCUUGCAGGCCAGGGUGAUAGUGUGGGGACGGAAAAAUGCAUAGCUAUUUUGAUCAAUUUGGCUCAUUCUCAGUUGGGAAGGGAGGAAAUGAUAUCAUCUCCGGGGCUCAUAGGCGCAUUGGCUACCAUACUGGACACGGGUGAGCUCGUUGAGCAAGAGCAAGCUCUAUCUUGUCUAUUAAUUCUAUGUAACAGGAAUGAAAUAUGUAGCCAGAUGGUCCUGCAAGAAGGUGUAAUACCUGCAUUGGUUUCAUUAUCAGUGAAUGGUUCCUCAAGAGGAAGAGAGAAAGCUCAGAAACUCUUGAUGCUGUUCAGGGAGCAGCGACAGCGAGACAAUUCACCUCCCAAGACACACCAGUUUCCGCCAGAAACUGAUGACAUAGAGAUGCCGCCUCCCGAAGCAAAACCGUUGUGUAAGUCAAUGUCUAGGAGAAAAAUGGGGAGGGCGCUUAGCUUUUUAUGGAAAACCAAGAGCUAUUCUGUUUACCAGUGUUAGGAUCCUUGUGUUGUAAAUUUCUGCUUGUAUCUCUAGUUUUCUUCCCUGCGCUGAUCCCACGCCACUAGUGCCUUUUUUUCUUUACUUUUCCUUCCUUUUUUGGGGUCUUCCUAGCGAAGAAGAGAUGUACAGUCCUGUGUAAUUUAUGGAUUUUGUUUUCUUCUGUUCCUCUGUUCAUUGUAAUAUUAAAAAGUGAUAGAUUCAAAAAUGGAGAGGUAGUUUGUGA